AUGGACUUCAUCAACUUCAUCGUGGCCUUCUUUGUCUCUAAGAAUGUUAGACUGCUGACAGCCUUCGUCUGUUGGAGUCCAGAGGACGUAAGGUUAAUCUCCCAGCGAGGCGUGAUGGCUGGUUUGCGGGUGCGCGUGUUUCCAUGUACCCAUCCGCCGGCUGACCUGCCACCGUACCGUGACUACAGGGAGGGAGUACUCCUCGACGUGGGCUGCCACAACGCCACACACGCAUCAAGAAAUCGUGCGUUCAAUCUUCGUCAUUCUUGGCUUCUGAUCGACGCGUCCCCCUUCAAUGUUACUUAUGUUGAAGAGACACUAUCAGCCGUGCUGGUCCUCCCUGAUGGAGACGUCACCUGGGUGUCCGAGGAUCGUAUGGUAGACGUGUACAGGGUCAAGGCUGACCAGCCGCUAGUCGUCACGGAUUUGGGAAUGAAAAGGAGUCAGCGAGAACUAGAAGGACUAUGGAGAAGUUUACGUACAACAGUAACAAGAAGGAAAAAUCUACACAAUGUGUAUCUGAAGUCAGCAACUAUAGUAACACAGCCUCAAUACUUCAAAGGAUGGUCAGAUCUGUCAAAUCGUCAAAUAGACACGUUCCCAAAACUUACUUAUCCAAUACUGAAACUGUGCGGAGAAGAUCUUAACUUUAGGUUCAACCUGAAACAAGUGGACCUUUACGGGGAGGAACGGAACGGCAGCUUCGACGGCCUGGUGGGUCAGAUGCAGCACGAGGGGCUGGAGGUCGGGGUCACGUCCAUGUUCAUGCGCAAGGACCGGUGGCGGGUUCUGCAUUUCUGCGCCGAGACCGUCGAGUUAAAAGGCGCGUUCCUGUUCCGCCAGCCGUCCCGCUCGUCCGUGUCCAACGUGUUCGCGUUACCCUUCAGCCGCGGCGUGUGGGCAGCCUCGGCAGCUGUGUUUGCGGGGGCGGCCACCCUGCUGGCUGUGUUCGGCCUGGUGGCGCGGCGGACGGCGCUCGACCCCGUCGCUCAGAGACUGACGGUUCUCGAGAGUUUGACUUACGCUGUCGGCACCAUCUGCCAACAAGGUUCCUACCUGUGUCCCAGCCUGUGGUCCAUGCGUCUCCUCAUGUUCUGUACUCUGCUCGCCUCCCUGUUCGCCUUCACGUCAUACUCCGCCAAGAUCGUCGCUAUCCUCCAGGCGCCCAGUGACGCCCUGCGGACUAUCGAUGACCUCGCGCGGUCUCCGAUGGACCUCGGCGUGCAGGAGACUACUUAUAAGAGAGUCUAUUUUGCUGAAAGCAAGGACCCAGCAACUCAGGCCCUGUAUCGUCGUAAGCUGCUGCCUCUCGGGGAGCGCGCAUAUCUCAGUGUUGUUGACGGCAUCGCGCGCGUGCGCACCGGACUGUUUGCAUUCCAGGUAGAACAGAGUUCCGCUUACGACAUCAUCAGUCAGACGUACACGGAACGAGAGAAGUGUGACUUGAAGGAGAUCAAAGCCUUCACCCUACCCAUGGUGGCCGUGCCCGUGAGGAAACACUCCGGGUACAAGGAGCUGCUGGGGGCGAGACUCCGGUGGCAGCGCGAGGUGGGUCUGAUGGAUCGUUUCCGUCGCGUGUGGAUGAGCGCGCGGACCCCGUGUGACGCGGCCCAGGGAGGGUUCGUGAGUGUGGGCCUGGUGGACGUGCUGCCCGCGCUGCACGCGCUGCUCGCCGGAGUGCUGCUCGCCACUAUGCUGCUCCUCGUGGAGAAAGCUCACCACACUGUUAUGACUCGCCUGUAG